AUGAUGUCGCUAUGGGGGCUUACCUUGCUGGGCCUAGCGGUGGCUCAGUCAGAGACAGGUGCGCCGAUGCAGAAGGAUAGCCAGCUGAUGAAGCAGGUUGCGCAGAUUCGCAGCUUCCUCAACGAUCAAGUUUUGCCAGCGUUGGAGGUCUUGGACCAGAGGACACAGGAGGAUCGCGCGGCGAUUCAGCAGUUCGCGGAACUCAAGGAGAUGCAGCUGCAGAAGUUGCAGCAACAGGUGGCUGAGCUCGCCCGCAGUGAGGCGGUGCUGCCCCGGGAAGACGCCGCCCUGGCAGGCGAGGUCAACGCAGCGCUCGCGAAGCUUGGAAAGCUGCAUGACUCGCUCCAGGAGCAGCGGCAAGAGCAGAACCUGUUGAGCGACCGCUUGGCGGAGUUGCAGCGCAACAGAUCCGGUGUCCAGCGGCUGAGCCAAUUGGAGGCACACGUCAAGGAGAUGGACCUCCUGGCCGUGAAGUACGGCAAGGAGGUGGACGGACGCCUGAACGCCACGGAAGGGAUUGCCAAGCGCCGAGUGAUGGCCACCAAGGAGCUCAUGGACAUGCUGGCGCACACCAACGAAAGGCUAGAUGCACUGGCUCGCGCCAACAAGGCGGAUCAUUUGAAGCAACAGCGACUGGAGCUGGCGGUGAACCAGAUGAACCAAACGGAGUCGCAGUCUGAAGCUUCGAGUGCGAUACAGAAGGAUCAGCAGCAGCUGGCUCUCAGGCUGAGCGAAACCAACGAGGCGGUCCAGGAAACUGCCACCGAGAUGCACUUCUGGGUUCUGCUGCAGGAGAUGGUGUUCCUCGGAAUGGCCAUCGCCGCAUGCUUGUGGAGGUCGUCGCCAACCAAGUCGCCGCUCGAAGAGCCGCUGCUGAACACUGAGUGCUCCUUCUCGGUGGUGACAGCUCAUACAAGUGCGGCCUUCUUUUUGCCGGACACGCUGCUGAGCGGCGUGUCCCCCAUCUCCGCCAAAGAGCUGUGCCCGCAGAUGCGGGUGCGCGGCGUUCGGGGAGGCUGGCUACAGGUGCAAUCUGCCAGCACCUUGCAGCUGUCGAACUGCGAGGUGCUACACCUCACCUUGGCCUUGGACCUGGGCCUGCGCGUGGCCGCGCAGCACCGCAUGGUCCGCGUCUCCGGAAGCCGUUGGGAGACCGUGCUGGCCAGCCAGCUGCAGCAGGGGGACGUGGUGUUGGUCCAGGACGCAGAGGUGGAGCUCUUGGAGAUCCGCCGGGAAAUCCUGGAGACCGCGGAGGUGCAAGAGCUGCGCUUCGAUCGCUCCGAGGCGGUGUGCACGUUGGCGGACGACCCGGCGGAGUUUCAGGUGGUCUGA